UUACUUACUUGAGAUCUAAAUUUACACAAAGAAUCGACAAUGGCCGAACUGGAGAACAUCAAUCCCCAUGUUUACCGCAAGUGCGAAGAUCGCAGAAUCACUAAAGCAGACGAAAAUGACGACGUCUGUGAUCCCUUUGAUGAGCGGGAAAUUUUCGAUCUCAUCCGCAACAUCAACGACCCGGAGCACCCGCUAACGCUGGAGGAGCUUCACGUCCUCGAGAAGAGCUUAAUCACAGUGGACAACGAGAAGAACACGGUCAAGGUGUUGUUCACUCCCACGAUUCCCCACUGCAGUAUGGCAACGCUGAUCGGACUGUCGAUCCGGGUGAAGUUGCUCCGCGCAUUGCCACCCCGUUUCAAGGUUUCGGUGGAAAUCAACCCAGGGACGCACGCAUCGGAGAACGCUGUCAACAAACAGCUGGCCGAUAAGGAACGUGUUGCCGCCGCCCUAGAGAACGCCCAUCUCAUCGAAGUCAUCAAUCAGUGCAUUGCCGUUCCGAUGAAGUGAGCGGGAAGGCAGUUUAAGUUUGUAAUUUAAGCUGUGACUGGUUUUAGAACAAUAAACUACAUUUUUAUUUAAGGUA